UAUAAUCACUCUGCGCGCUUCUAUCAUCAUUUUUUGUCGCGAUGACCGGCAAAAUGGAUGAUAUAAUAUUCCGCUUACCAGAUCCUGUUUUAGAACUGAUAUUUUCAUUUUUAAAUCUUCCAUCAUUAAGAAAUUGUUCUUUGGUGUGUAAAAAUUGGUGUAGAAUACUUUGUGAUGAAAAUAAUGACGUUUGGCGAUUGCAUUGUAUCCGUGAAUUGGGUCAGGAAGUACUUAGUUCGGGUUUACUGUCAUCUGUACCAACAUAUAAAUCAAAAUUACGAGCCUUUCGUCAUGCCUGGAAUCCAAAUGAUUGCUCAAGGAAUAUUUUCAUCAAAUCAAAUGGUUUUACAUUGCACAGAAAUCCCGUUGCACAAAGUACGGAUGCAGGAAGAGGUAAAAUAGGUUUUCGGCAUGGAAGACACGCAUGGGAAGUAAUAUGGGAAGGUCCUCUGGGAACAGUUGCAGUUAUAGGAAUUGCAACCAAAGAGGCUUCACUUUUGUGCCACGGUUAUGUUUCUCUUCUUGGCUCUGAUGAGCAUUCAUGGGGUUGGAAUAUCGUCGACAAUCAUCUCUUACACAAUGGAGAUGCAUUAGGAAAUUACCCUUCACUCAAUAAUGCUCCUAAAUAUCAGAUUGGAGAAAGAAUUAGAGUAAUUUUAGAUUGCGAGGAUAAUACACUUUCCUUUGAGAGAAAUUAUGAAUUUUUAGGCGUAGCGUUUAGAGGACUUCCGGACAAGAAAUUAUAUCCGUCGAUCUCGGCCGUUUAUGGAAAUACAGAAGUUUCAAUGGUAUAUUUAGGUCCCCCUUUAGAUGGGUAACAUUUUCAAUUUGUUUAAUUCCAAUUUUUCUUUUCUUUUUUUUAAUUUAAAGUAAUUUUCCUUUCUUUUUAACUACAAAAAUGACAAGAUUCCAAAGAGUCACUUAAAAUAAAUCCACAAGUGAUUGACUUUGUAAAUAGACUGAGAAAAAUUUAGAUAAUUAUUUUUCUUUUUUUUAUAUAUUUAUAUAUAUAUGAAAAAACUUGAAGAGAAUUUAUUAUUAUUUCUCUUUUAUUGCCUGCAAUUGCACUGGCAGAACUAGUCAUUUAAAAGUAAUCUGCUAAAUUGCAAUUUGCAUUCAAUAUAAAUAUUCCAAUUAAAAUUUUUGAUAUUUAUUUAGUAUCAAAUACAUUCCAAAAAUAGGGUAUUAUUAUUCGUGAAUUUUACGUCAAUAUUACGAAAUAAUAAUUUAAUGAAAGUUAAAGAUAAUAAAUAAUUAAAAGAUAGAGUAAGAAAAUUAAUUCUUACUCUGAAUAUUAUGACGAAGUUGAAGUCCACAACGUUUG